AUGGUCUUCAGUGGAGCCGUUUUCCAGGUCUCCAAGGCCCCCGCGGCAUCCGUGGCCAUCCAGGUGGCUGCUAAGAAGGCGGUGAAUGAUGCUGCCAAGAAGACAUCGAGUAUCCGGGAGUUUGCAGCCGAGCUGCAGAGCCGACUGGAGCCGUCAUUAGGUUCGGGUUGGCACGUCCUUGUGGGUGGCGACUUCGCUGUGGAUCUCCGCUACCGCAAGGGUGCAUGUGUGCUGCUGUUCAGCAAGACCAGCAAGAUAAAAGUGCUGUUGUACCGCACGACACCGUCCACAACUCCCCGCCCCAAACACGAGCACGAAGCACUAACUACAGAUACUGAGACGCUCAACAUCAAAAGAAAGAUCGUCGUGUUUGAGACCGACAUGGAAGACGACAUGAAGGAGGCCGUGACUGACAAGACCAAGCAACUCUGCAACUUCUACGAUGGUGUAGAGGACAACGAGACCAAAAUCGCUCAAGCUUUAAAGCACUCGUUGACGUUUGCGUACGGCCCGACGUGGCAAGUGGUGGUGUCGUCUUCGCGUGAACUGUGCUGUCUACCAAUCGCGGACGAGGGUACCCAUGCAGACUUUACGGUGGCGAAGCUGCGAGUCGUGGUGUACCGCCAUUCUGGUACCAGUUUGGAUCGCCAGUUGGACUCGGCACAAUUUGGCAAGCGCGUCGCCUUCGUUCUCGCCUCGAUCUGCUUGUUACUGUACGCCUUCUUGGCGUUGAAUUCACCGGAAGUGAUCGAGAGAUGCAAGGGUAGUGCAGUGGGUACUGGAGACAACAUCCCGGUAGAUGGAGUGCUUCUACCUGAGGGCUGUACAGCUGAGGACGUGAAGCGCGCGAAUGACCAUGCGUGGUGGAAGACUGCAGCCAUUCUGGGCAUGUCAGCCUUCACGAUGUUGGCGUCGGUCAUUCGCAUGUACAGUAAGUCGUUGGGCCCGAAAGUGAAGCGCGCGUAG